AUGUCCUUCAGAGCCCCCAGCGCCUGCUCCAAGCACCUGGUAUCCAGCAUUGCAUCCGCCCUGAUCGGCUCAUGCCGCCGUCCCUUGGGUGCCCGGCACUGGUGCUGCUUCCUCACUAUUGCCCAUGGGGUCAAUCCAGGUGCCCAGCUGCCCACAUCAGACUUUGUCACCUCCUGGGGUGACAAACAGGCUCCCAGCGUUCUGAAGUCCCUGGAGAAGGAGAAACAGGCUUUGUGCUCAGACCCCACCUUUUCCUUGACUAGCAGGUGCCUCCUGCUGGCCAAACUGGGCAUGGGGGCAGCCUUGACUGCCACCCCCCAGGCCCCCAUGUCGGGCCUGGGCCUGGAGAGGGAGCAAUGGCCAAUCGCGGCUGCUGACGACACGGGGGCCGGGGCUAUAAAGGGCCUGGCCCGGGCUCGGGCCCCCCGCCGCCCGCCCCNGAGCCGGCCGGCCCCGUCCGUGGCGCCCGAGCCCGACGGCUGCCCCGUGUGCGUGUGGCGGCAGCACAGCCGCGAGCUGCGCCUGGAGAGCAUCAAGUCGCAGAUCCUGAGCAAACUGCGGCUCAAGGAGGCGCCCAACAUCAGCCGCGAGGUGGUGAAGCAGCUGCUGCCCAAGGCGCCGCCGCUGCAGCAGAUCCUGGACCUACACGACUUCCAGGGCGACGCGCUGCAGCCCGAGGACUUCCUGGAGGAGGACGAGUACCACGCCACCACCGAGACUGUCAUUAGCAUGGCCCAGGAGACGGACCCUGCGGUGCAGACGGAUGGCAGCCCUCUCUGUUGCCAUUUCCACUUCAGCCCCAAGGUGAUGUUCACCAAGGUACUGAAGGCCCAGCUGUGGGUGUAUCUACGGCCGGUGCCCCGCCCAGCCACGGUCUACCUGCAGAUCUUGCGACUGAAACCCCUAACUGGGGAAGGGACUGCAGGGGGAGGGGGCGGAGGCCGGCGUCACAUCCGAAUCCGCUCACUCAAGAUUGAGCUGCACUCACGCUCAGGCCACUGGCAGAGCAUCGACUUCAAGCAAGUGCUACACAGCUGGUUCCGACAGCCACAGAGCAACUGGGGCAUCGAGAUCAACGCCUUUGACCCCAGCGGCACAGACCUGGCUGUCACCUCCCUGGGGCCGGGAGCUGAGGGGCUGCAUCCUUUCAUGGAGCUUCGGGUCCUAGAGAACACAAAACGGUCCCGGCGGAACCUGGGCCUGGACUGCGAUGAGCACUCGAGUGAGUCCCGCUGCUGCCGAUACCCCCUCACAGUGGACUUUGAGGCUUUUGGCUGGGACUGGAUCAUCGCGCCUAAACGAUACAAGGCCAACUACUGCUCUGGCCAGUGCGAGUACAUGUUCAUGCAAAAGUAUCCGCACACCCACUUGGUACAACAGGCUAACCCAAGAGGCUCUGCUGGGCCCUGCUGUACUCCCACCAAGAUGUCCCCAAUCAACAUGCUCUACUUCAAUGACAAGCAGCAGAUUAUCUACGGCAAGAUCCCUGGCAUGGUGGUGGAUCGCUGUGGCUGUUCCUAAGGUGGGGGACAGAGGAUGCCUCCCCCGUAGACCCUACCCCUAGACCCCCAGCCCUGACCCCCCUACCCUCAGGCCCUAGAGCUCCCUCCACCUCUUCCCAUGAACAUCACACCUUGUUCCCUGCCCAAGCAGUGUGCAAUACAACAGAGGGAGGCAGGUAGGGACUGAUGGGU